AUGUCGGCGCUCUUCAACUUCCGCUCGCUGCUCCUCGUGCUCGUGCUGCUCAUCUGCACCUGCACCUACGUGCGCGCCACCAUCCCGCGCCUCGUCGACCGCAACCAGAAGGGCUUCCUCGGCGUCUUCUACAAGUGUGCUCGGAUAGGCGAGCGGCUAUCGCCGUACGUGUCGCUCGCGUGCAUCAUCAUGGCGUGCAACGUGGCGCUGCGCGUCUAG